AUGCCUCUUUUGCUUGUUCAACUCACAUCUUUCGAAUGUGGUGGAGUCGCACUAGGAAUGUGCAUGUCACACAAGUUGGCAGACGCAGCCAUGAUGUUCAUGUUCGUCCGGGAUUGGGCGGCGAUUACGCUUGGCAAUCCUCCGGAACAACUUCCCGUCAUCAAUUUCAAUGCAGCUUCAUACUUCCCGGUGAAAGAUCCAGCAUCAUUCCAGCUUCCUGCCUUGAUAUUCAAAAGGGCAAAGUGUGUUACGAAGAGGUAUUUGUUCGACGCAAAGAAGAUUGCCUCUCUUAAGGCCAAAGCCUCCAGUGUUUCAGUUCAGAAACCAACACGAACCGAAGCUAUUACAGCCCUCAUAUGGAGAUGCGCCAUGAAUGCAUCAUCAAGAUUAAACAAAGGGGUAGCAAAGCACUCGGUGAUGCACCAUUUUGUGAAUUUACGCAGAAUAGUAGAGCCGCCCAUCUCAGGAAACACUUUGGGAAGCCUUGUGCUCUAUUUUUCCACACAUGCCGACCAGAGUAAAAUAGAGCUGCAAGAUUUGGUGGCCGAGUUCAGGAAAGGAAUGAAAGAAUUCCGGGGAAGAGAAGCGAAAAGAAUUGGAGGGGAUGAGGCAGUCAAAGUGGUUUAUGAGAAAAGAAAAGAGAGAAGAGAGUUGAUGAAUAAAGAUGAUACAAACCUGUUUUCAUGUACAAGUUUAUGUAGCUUUAACUUCUACGAUCACGCCGAUUUUGGUUUGGGGAAGCCAAUAUGGAUGACUGUUGAUUCAGGUGCUUCCCUCAACAACAACAUCAUCUUGUCAAACAUGAGAGAAGGUUAUGGGGUAGAGGCUUGGGUGACUCUGAGUGAAAAAGAAAUGGCAAUUUUUGAAGCUGAUCCUGAGCUUCUUUCAUUUGCAUCAUCAAAUCCAAGUGUGUUGGUAUUGAUGGAUAAUAAUCAACACCACCAUAGCAGCCUCUCUAGGCUCUAG